AUGUCAGAUUUAGAAGUUCCGACUUCUCCUUUACUGAAGUCACCUACGAAAGACUUACUUAAGAAGAAUCAACAGAUGAAGACAUCGUACCAAUAUAGUAGCGAUGCAAUUAACCAUGAUAGUAGUGAAACUGCGGAAUCUUCAUUAUUACAGGACCUAGAUAUAAUUUUACACAAGAAGUUGCAAUUGAACUCACCGUUUGAAAAGCAAGGAUUACCAGGUUCAAAUGGCGGUGGAUCUAAUGGGCCUGGAGUUUCUUACCAGUUGAAAGAAGAUUCCAGGCAAGAAGAGGAAGAAUAUGAGCAACUUGGUGGGGCUGGAGAGGAUGAUGAUGACGAGUUUACGAAUGUGGAUGAGAUUGACGGGCCAAUAUCUCCAUCUCCGGGAUGCUCAGGACUCUCUGAUCUUCCUAACAAUACACCAUCGAAUAAUAAUAUGAAUUCUGGUUCUAAUAAAUAUAAAUACUCCAAGGGAGACCAUAUACAGGAAGCAGUUGAUGAGAAUUUGCCUGUUGACGAAGAAUAUCAAAAGCAGUUGGACCAGCGCGCGCAGGAGAUUUCGUCCGGGCUUGAGUUCCACACAAUAUCAAAGCCGAAACUUGAAUGGUCAUUAAAGUCGUUCUACUCGUUACCGUAUGAAAUUUCAGAAUGGUUUGAUUUGAAGGAUUAUGCUAUGCUGGGUAAAACGAAAAGCGCUUUUGACGACAGGUUCGAUUCAGUCAAGUUUUUAGAAGACACUGAUUACAGCGCGGAGUGUAUUAACACGCUUUCCAAUGAAAUUUCGACAUUGAGCUUAGAUUAUUCUGCAUUAUUAUCACUAUGUUAUAUUUCCUUUGGCAACUAUGAUAGAAUGGAUGGACCGGAAGAACACAUUACUAGACUACGAAAGAACUGUAUUAUGCUUACGAAGAAGUCUUUACCUGUCAUUAUUAAAGUUUUUAAAGAUAAUGCUGAGUGCUGUCGGGAUAAGAGCACCAAUUUAUCUCAAUACAACUCACUUUUGUUUUUCUCAUCCACUCUCCUGUACUUCAUCACCUGUACAUGCAUACAAGAAGCGAGCUUCGAAAAGGAAACCGUUGAUGAAGCUAUUCACGUUAUACAAGAUUUGGAGGUCAUAGAGUUUAUAACAACCUAUAUCGAACACUGGAGAUGGCAUAGUAGGCUUUGUAUGCGGAUCAGGAAUAUGAUUAUGCUUCUCUUCAAGUUGCUUGUUUUGCAAUUCGGGGAUGAAGAGAAAUUUAAGACAGUUGAGAACUUUAUAAAUGCGUUUCAUGGGAUCGAAACCUUUGAGAAUUCGCCCGAAAAAUUGACCGUGUCUCCACUUGAUUAUGAGGCAUUUCGUGUAGAUAUAAGCUCGAGAUAUCCUAUUUCAAAGUCUUUGGAGUCGAAGAUUCCAAAAUUCUUUGAUAACCCAAAUUCAUUGUCUCAAUUUCUAGAAAUUCCAAGACCGAAAGCCCAAAGUUCGAUUAAGCAGGCACUGCCAGAACCGCAGGUCCACAUUGCGACACCUGCACCAUCACCUCCGAACUCCCCGGUGUCUUCAUAUACACCAAAGGCACGAAAGUCAUUCCAAACAAACAUAAGUUACCCUUCAUUGUACCCAUCUGAUGAUGAGGAUAACGAUGACGAGCUAGAGUACCGAAUUGGAUGGAAGGAGAAGUCAGAUAAGAAUGGUUCAGUCCCAUACAAUGUUCAGGAAGCAAUAAAAAUCUUAUCUAAUAACGUUGAAAUUAGCCUUGCCUUGAAACAACUAUGGCAUGAAAGAAAAUUAUUCAUGAUUCAAGAACGUGGUUGGAAUGAUGGGACUGAAACAAAGGACGAUCCAUAUGACUAUUUUCUUCGAAAAGAAGAUGGUCCAGAAAUUGAAACUAUGCGCAGGGUAGAAAAUUACUAUAGAAAGUGUCUGCCAAGUUUUAACUCCCUGAUAUAUGUUCUGCUACAAACAAUUGAAUCAAACCAGAAUAAUCACGACUACUUCUUAUCAGAACUAGCCGAUGAUGUGUCUCUUGACAUAUUAGGUCCCCAAUUGGAAAUCAGCAGGGCAAAGGAAAUUCUUCUCCGAUCCUCUACUGCUAUAAUAUACACAAUUCUAAAAUGGUUUAAGCUGUCGCACAUUCUCAAAUUUGAACACUUCUCGUCGCUUCUCUAUGACUCUAAGCUUACGGACGUGUUCAUUCCACUUUUAAGCAAAUUUACCUAUAAUUACACGGACAGAAUUUACAAUAAAAUGGCUAAUUCCUCACAUUCUUUUAUAAAGAAGUGCAGCGAAUUCAACCCACUAUACAAGGAAUCAUACAAAUCCUGCGAUGACAACUAUAAAACUCCUCAAAAUUCCGACAUAAACUUGAAAAUGGUAUCUGCUGAAGUCUACAUGCUCGAAAUAUUAUCUGAAGUUGUCGGCAAGAAGACCUAUCGUUUAAAGGAAUUGCCCCUGACCAUUGGUUCCCUUUUCAACAAACUGUACCAAAUAUUCAAUGUCGAUAUCUACCAUCCAAUUCUUAGACUCGUAAAGGAGCUGACACCUUUCAAGAAUAAGCGUUGGAAAUCUGAACAUAUAGAAUUGAUCUCAGGCGUCUACCUGUACGAAAAACUAUCACUUGUAGAUAAUUGGGUCACCGGAAAAGAUGUUUCAAGCGAGAUGCAUGAUGCUUAUGGACAUGAGAUUGCAUUGAGAGCUAUGUUACAGUUUUACAAUUUUUCUCAUUACAAGGUUCCGAUGGAACAAUGCGGUUACACAGAGAAGCAAAGCAAAUCAUUUUUCAGUAAGGAGUCAGAAAUCUUGACAUCUAAUUACUGA